AUGGCAAAAGCUUUUGUAUGUCCCUUACUUGUACUCAUCAUAGCUUUUGGGCUUGUCAAUGUCUGUAAAGGCGAUUAUAAUGAAGGGAUUGGUGUUUAUGAACUGCGAAAUGGCCAUUUAUCAGUGAACAUCACUAACUAUGGAGCCACCGUUCUAAACGUCGUCGUACCGGACAGAAAUGGUAAAUUGGAUGAUAUUGUUCUUGGUUUUGGAUCCAUAGAUGCCUACAAGAAUGACACAACAUAUUUUGGUGCAAUUAUUGGCCGAGUUGCGAAUAGAAUUGGGGGUGCUAAAUUUACCUUAAAUGGCACAGUCUACAAAUUGCCUGCAAAUGACCACGGAAACACUCUCCAUGGUGGGAGCAGAGGAUUUAGCGACGUUAUAUGGACCGUGCGCGAGUACGUAAAAGAUAGUCACUUGACACUCUCUUAUGAUAGCCACGAUGGCGAACAAGGGUUCCCGGGCGACCUCCACGUGACGGUGACCUACCUCAUCCUCCCGCCGAACAAGUUGGCCAUCCGAAUGCGGGCCCAGCCCGAAAACAAGCCGACCCCAGUAAAUCUCGUGUCCCACACAUAUUGGAACCUCGCGGGCCACGCAAGCGGGGACAUAUUCUCACACACGGUCCAACUCGCCGCCUCCCGAAUUACGCCAGUCGAUGACCACCUAAUCCCGACCGGCCAAAUCUCACCGGUCAAGGGCACGCCUUACGACUUUCUCAAGCCACACACUGUCGGGAGCAGGUUCCGCGAGCUCCCGGGUGGAUACGACAUGAACUACAUCAUCGACCGCGGUCUGGGCCAGGCCGGGCUUCACCUGACGAGGGCUGCGGUCGUUUGGGAACGGAAAUCGGGCAGGAAGAUGGAGCUGUGGACCGACCAACCGGGGGUGCAAUUUUACACGAGCAACAUGCUAAACGAGACGGUCGGGAAAGAGGGGUUCAUGUACAAGAAGUAUGCCGGGAUUUGUUUGGAGACGCAAGGGUUCCCGGACGCGGUUAACCGGCCGAAUUUUCCGUCCCAAGUGGUGGGAAAAGGGGAGGUUUAUAGGCAUGUUAUGUGCCCAGACGACCCAACCUAUCAUAAUCGAAUCGCUGCCAUGGUUUACCCCGGAUUUCACAUUUGGAGAGGGAAGAACAUGCCAUUACUGUACGACCUGAUCAUCUGCCACUCCCUAGAGUGGUCGUCCCUCACCGUCCACUGGAUGUCGUCGCCGCCGGCGGGGAUCUCGCCGUCUACAAAUUGA